GGCGGCGGGCUGCCCCCUCAGUGGAGGGUGCACGCCCCCAUGGCCCGGCCGUGCUCCGUCAGUGCCGUGCUCCUGCUGACCGUGGCCGUAGGAGUGGCGGGCUACGGCCGACUACGGCCCUCGCAGAACGGACGCCUCUUCCAUGGAGUUCACUUUGUCUACGAGGGAAAGACGACCCGCGAGAGUGACCUGCCGCCAUGCCCCUCGGCUGCCUCCGUCUGCAGUCUGGUACACAGACGUUUCUGGCAGCCGGAGCUGUCACAGCGCCUGUGCCGCUGCUCUGACGGCCAGUGUCCCUACGAGUACAGCAACAGUACGGACGAGAGAACCCUGCAGCUCAAUAACCGGAUACAGCUGAAGUUUUGUGGCCCGGUGCGCAGUCUGCGCCGCUGCGGGCCGCACCCGGCCAUCGCCGCCGUUCUGGAGCGGCGUACCGACGCUGGCCCUCUGCGGCUCGACCACGAGCGCAAGGACGUGAAGGUCAACUGUUCGUGUCCGUACCCGAGCCGGUACCAGAAGGUAUCGGAGUGGGGCGGUGGCGGCAGCACAGAGGUCACCGCCUAUACCUGCCGGCAGCUGGAGCCGUGCUCGCCCGGUGAGGUCUGCGGGCACAUUCGGAUGGACACCUACUCGACCUACCACACGUGUCUCUGUCCGCCCAACCACCUCUGCCUCUUCCGAGAGCAGCGGCGCGUCAAAGUGAAACGCGACGUCGAGGAGCUGUUCUAUGACAGCACGGCGUACGUGGGAGAGUGCCGCAUUCUGCAGCGAUGACCCUUACUGCCCGGAGAUGCGGGAUGAAUGCCGAGAAUGCAUCGGGUGGAUAUCGGGGGUGCCCGGUGCAUGAAGAAUGUCGAGGAGGGACUGUGGAUUGAAUGUCAACAGGGUGCAGCGUGAUGAGUGCCGGGAGGGUAGGAAGAGAAAUCUAAGACGUCCUGAAUGACAAGUUGUGGCUGGGAAAAUGUUCGCAAUAGUGUGCAGUGACUUCUCAGAAAAUGUGCGCGCGGGGGAUACAUUCGUUUGCCCGUUAGCGGGCGCUAGGACCUCUGCGAGGAUCGUAAAGCCGACAGGGUGGGAGCUAUCCGCUCUCACGCCGUUUGUGUGUGCUAGAGUGUAUCUAGGACACGAGUAAACAAACAGCUCGGGUACCUGUAGACAGCUGUCUCCCAGGUGCAGCCAGCUGUGGUAGAGGCCGCUCGUGUACAGGUGGGGAGUGACUGGCGAGAGGGGAAGGCACGGCGUUUACGUGACGGGGUCGUGUGGGCAGCGGACUGCACGGGCGUAGUGUAGAUACCUCCCGUGUAUUCGGUCCCAGGUGGUGUGGUACCGCUCGGGCAGCGUCGCGGACUUUGUUCUCGCCCCGAAUCGCGCUGAGACGCGCCAGCAGCUGUUGUCUGUUGAGAGCCAGGGCUCAGUGACUCCCACUGGCGGAUUACGGGCCUCUGGAGAAGGGAUUAGUGUGACCGACACCACACCCUCUCACCGCCACUCAGCGCCACUGGGCUCUAUUCGAGUCGCAUAUCGAAUCGAGCUCCCAGAGUGGAUGGAACCACAGCAGCAGCCAGCGUCAGCCGGUCAGUGAGACGCAGCCAGCGAGUCAAACGCAGCCAAACCCAGCCACUCACCGUGAGCCAGCCAACGAAACGCAGCCAAACGCAGCCAGUCAGUAAGUCAGCGAGCCAACCAUCCAGGAAGCAGGAAGCAGACAGUACGUCGAGUGCAAACAUCAUCAUAUGCAGAAACAUAACAAGUUGUCUGUGGGCGGUGAAUUGCAAUGUGGACGGUGUCCGGUGGUGAGUGGAUGGGUGGGCGGUAGGUCGCGGCGAUGGACUUUGUUCGGUUCGGUGAGCGCUGAGCGGUUAGCUGGUAGGCGUGCCCGCCAUGGGCCCCGUGGCCGGCAGCCAGACGAGGCGGCCCGUUUGGCCCGUCUCCGUCGCGUCGACAGACACCCGCUGUCGUCACAGCCUGCAGCGCUGUGAAUGCUCCAUUGCACGGCGGGCUGCCAGAGACGGAUGCGUGUGCACUGUGCAUGCUGUCUGUGUGUGUGUGUGGGGGGGGGGGGCGGCAGAUGAUGAAGCGAGUGUCCGACAUUAGUGCACUCUGUUCUGUGCGCUCUGCAGUCUGUUAUAACUACCAGGCCGGCCACUGUCCGCGUGCAGCCAGCGGUGAUCAACUGAACAGCUGUGGCUGCCGCCGAACGAAAACAGACCCGCUAAAUGUAACACCCGUUGCUGUCGACACCAGUCUGCAGCGGCUGGAAAUGUUGCUCGAGUUACGAACGAGGCCCGGUUGCGCGAGAUGUUUGUCCAGACAUGUAGCUCGCUGUACCGAACACACGGUAUCGGGAGAAAAAUCAACGCCGAGUAUCGGAUAUAUCUCGAGACCACCCGCUGUGUAAAACCUAGCCUCAAACUGAAUCGGCGCCCGAGCGGGCAGGCACAAUGGGCAACGCCACCGUACACGAUAGAUCCAAUAAUCAGGCUGUGCAGCAGCAUUUCAGAUCUUGUGUUUUACGUCUCAAGCUACAUUAUACAGCUAGAAGGCGAGUUAUAGCCCUAAUACAACGGAUCCGGUGAUGAAAGAA